ACCCUGUAUAAAUAUUCGUAUAUACAUAAAUACAAACCCCUUCCUGUUAUAUUUGGGUCAAUUUUUUUGUACUUGCUGACCCUUAAAUGGAAAAACAAUACUUUUCUUUUCUCAGCAUCGCAUGAAGUAUCGGAAGCUAACCUUCUUCGAGAGAUAAUCUACAUCUUUCAAGGAAUUGAAGGAAAAGUGAUCAAGCUUGACCAAACUAAUGAUGCAUACCGCAUUGAUUCAAAACUGGGAGUUCCAAAAGCUGUCAGGGAUCUUGUAAACAAGUUAGCUGAGCUUGGCUGGCUAUUCCGCAAGAUUCGCAAGUAUCUAGAUGCCCAUGCAGGUGACAAAGCCAUGGGGUUGGUUGGACAGAGCUUCUGCGCUGCAUUACAGCAAGAACUCACUGAAUACUACAGAUUGCUGGCUGUUCUUGAAGGGCAGCACCAGGUGGGUGAUGCAGGGUUUGUGGGGGAGGGUGCUAGUGGAAGUUUGACCCUCCGUCGACUGAUGGUGUGGACAUACGACCCUUUGAUGAGACUGAGGACUCUUGCUGCACUAGUUGAUGCUUGUAAAGGUGAGAAUUAGGGGCCAAACAUUACUUUUUCUGUGGGAGAAGAACAGUAAUG